UGUGUGUGUGUCUGUGUGUGUGUGUGUGUGUGUGUGUGUGUGUGUGUGUGUACUUGCCUUUAUCACAAAGUGGGGACUUUGACCGGAGAAAGGACUCACGCGGUGGGGACCGUUUGACAGGUGGGGACACACACUCGGUCCCCAUCAUGUUUUUGCUAUAGAUGAGCCUAGGACCCCAUUAUAAACUGUCUCAAUACAAAAAUUUAGGUUGUCCUAAAAGUCAUGAAAUUUCGAAAAAGUGUGUUAUGUGUGUAUUUUGGGGGUGCUCAGUAUCGCCACCUAUGGCCAACCAGUGUAACUGCAUGUCUCUCUUACACACACACACAUCCGAGACAUCGACCAAUCAGAUCCAAGAAAACAAAACAUGCAAAUGAGUAGAUUUUCCGGAAGUACAGCCGCCAUGUUGGGAACUUUGAUGUCUGCAUGCACCUGAGACAGCGUCGACCAACUUCACGGAUUAAAGACUAACAUGCGACGACAUCGACUCAAUCCCAUGCAUGAUGCAUGUGAUCAUGCAGCCAAUGCCAGGGACAAGACUCAAAUGCUGGACGUGAAAUACAUCAGUCCUCAAAAAGGCCGUGGUGUCUUUACCUUAGCACCAUUCCAGCAGGGUGAGUUUGUGGUAGAAUACAGAGGAGUGGUCAUUGAUGCAGCAGAAGCUGAGCACAGGCGAAGAAUUUACCAUAAAGACUGUGCCUUUAUGUUUGACUUUAAAUGGAAACGCAAAUGGUGGUGCAUUGAUGCAACAUUAGAAGACAACACUCUUGGGAGAUUGGUGAAUGAUGACCAUAAGACUCCUAAUUGCCGCAUGAAGUUAAUUGAGGCUGAUGGUAAACCACAUCUCUGUUUGUUUGCCCUCCGUGACAUCGGCCAAGGAGAAGAGAUCACUUAUGAUUAUGGUGGGACAGACUGGCCUUGGAGAAAUGAGUCUUCCAAGAAGUGCAACUUGCAAGCAAGCACCUCAAUGAAACCUGAGGGAGGAGCCAAUUCAAAAGUGCAGGAGAAGGGUGAUGAUGCUACUUGCAGCCUUGAAAAUGUGCCUUCUACCAGCGAAUGUCCAACUCCUGCCACUCAGGGUGAUGAUGCUACUUGCAGCCUUGAAAAUGUGCCUUCUACCAGCGAAUGUCCAACUCCUGCCACUCAGCAUGAUGGAGCCGGAAACAGCCUGAAUACUGAGCCUUCUGCUACUAGUGACAUCCCAACAUGUGACAAUCAGAGUGAGGAUGCCACUUGCAGCCUGGAAAAUGUGCCAUUUACCAGCAGCAUCCAAACAUGUGCCACUCAGGCCAAUGAAAAUGCAUACAAGUCUACACCAGAUCAUUCUGAAUCAUCUGAUGAUGACGACAGUGCUUGUGUACCAAGACUGCAAAGAACCAAAAGCUUGUUUAUGAAGUCAACCCUUCCACCCUAUGAGGAUUGGUAUGAAUCGACUCCAGACAACAGUGAUGAUUAUGUUCCGGACUCCUGUGAUGAAAGUAGCAGUUCUCUUACCUUGAGCAGCACACCUACACCCAAAAAAAAUAGGAAGUCCCUUCCAAACCAAGUACAGAGUCCAGACAGCACUACUUCCUGUCUUGUACCAGCACCAGCAACUUUGAAUUUAGAAGGAAAUGAAGAGGACGAAGAAGUUGCUGAAGGCCAGGAUUUGAUGUCAACAAGUAAACCUUCUGUGGUUGUUCCAGUUGUCACAAAGAAAAGUGAUGGUUCCAGAAUAUAUGAUAAAAGACAAUAUUGUCUCUUUUGCUUCAAACCCUUCAUGAAAAUGGCAAGGCACCUCGAAAGAGUCCAUUCAAACGAGAAAGACGUAGCUUAUGCAAUAAAAUUCCCAAAAGGAUCAAAUGAAAGGAAGCUCCACUUGGAAUCACUCAGGAAUAAAGGCAAUUAUCUUCAUAAUGCUGAAGUGAUAAAAACUGGCGAAGGAGAACUAGUUCCUCGAAAAAAGACCAUGCAAAAAUGCAGGUCACAAAGAUUUCAUGCAUUGUGUUUACUGCCACGGUCUCUUCUUUAGAAAGAUGUUAUGGAGACACAUAAGAAUCUGUCGACUGCGUCCUACAAAUCAUUGUGUCAAACCUGGAAUGACUCGGGUUCAGUCUAUCUGUGCCUAUAUGGAGCCACAUCCUUCACACAUAUCUAAAAAGUUAUGGAAGCUUCUUAGUGACAUGUCACAAGAUGACAUUACAAGGGAAGUUAAGAACGACCCUUCCAUAUUGCAACUGGGACAACACUUUUUGAACAAGUGUGGUUCUAACAUAAAGAGACAUGAGUAUAUCAGGCAGAAAAUGCGAGAACUUGGCCGACUUCUUGUAAAUGCCCGACAGAUUGCACCUGUGAAAGAAAUUAAAGACCUAAUAGAUGCCAAAAACUACCUCACACUUGUUAAGGCUGUUAAAAAAACAUGCGGUUACAAAAGUGACGAAGAACAAUUUAGAAUUGGAUCCCUUGCACUUAAACUUGGACAUAGUCUCACAAAACUAGGCAAACUGAUGGAAAGCAAUGCCAGAAUGGCAGGAGAUGAGGAAGCACUUGAGAGAGCCACUAACUUCCAGAAAGUACAUGCAGCUCGAUGGAAUGAUUUUUAUAUCCUCAACAGCACUUAGGAAUAUUAGUGAGGCAAAAUGGAAUGCUCCACUGAUCCUCCCAUUCACAGAGGAUAUACAGGCUCUUCAUUCCUACCUGGACAGGAAGGGUUCAGAAUACAUGGAAUUCUUAAGCACAAAGCCCUCAGCUGAAAACUGGUCAUAUCUGGCGAAGGUUUGUCUUGCUGAAGUUAUUCUUUUCAACAGGAGAAGGGAAGGUGAGGUUUCCUCUAUGCCACUCUCUGCUUUUCUUUCAAGGGAUACAUCAGUGCCACAUGAAGAUGUAGAUUGGGCUCUAUCAGAGACUGAGAAAAAGCUGUGCCGUCAUUUUGUGAGGAUUGAGACUAGAGGAAAAAGGGGACGUAAAGUACCCAUCCUUCUAACACCAAAGAUGGUUGAUGCACUGGAGCUACUUGUCCAAACAAGACAGACGUGUGGAGUUCUACAGGAAAACCCUUAUUUGUUCGCCAGGCCAGCCUCAAUGUUCCAUCAGCGUGGCAGUUGCAUUGGUGUUUUUGCCAAAGGCUUGUGGGGCAAAGAAUCCUGGUGCCAUUUCCUCCACAAAGUUGAGGAAACAUGCAGCAACAUUGUCUACAGUCCUUAAUAUGAAUGAAAAUGAAAUGGACCAGCUUGCAAACUUUCUUGGUCAUGACCUGUAUGUCCACCGCCAAUACUAUCGUCUCCCAGAAGGGACACUACAGCUUGCUAAAAUUAGCAAAGUGCUGAUGUCAUUGGAGCAAGGAAGGCUCGUGGACUUUAAGGGGAAGAAUCUAGAUGAGAUCGAAAUAGAUCCAAAUGAGGUAGUCCAGGACAUUGAAGAUGAAAUUCAGGAGGACAUGGAGUCACAGCUGAUGCCAGAGGAUGGGGAUUUGCAUUGCAAUGAACUUGACACCAACAAGGAGAGAUCCAUAAAGUCACAAUCAGCAGAUAUUAAUUUGUGUGGAAAGGAGACCUUGGACACGGACAAGCGAGAAAACAAAAAGUCACAACAAACAGGACACGGAAGCAGAGCUCAGAAGAAGAAGUGGGAGGACAAUGAGGUAGAGGCAGUCCAAAAGCAUUUGGAUGGAUUCAUCCAAUCCCUACGUGUCCCAGGAAAACAAGACUGUGAAAAAUGCCUACAGGCGGAACCAGACGUUCUCAAAACCCGUGACUGGCGAGCCGUAAAGUAUUUUGUAAAGAACAAAAUUACUGCGCUGAAACGAAAGCUUUAGCUGUCAAUUUUAAAUUUUCUGACCUUCAUGUUGCAGCACAGUGCAGUUAAUAAUGCUGUUUUGUUUUUACCUGUAUUAUACAUUACAGGUUUUUUUUCUCUUUUUUUUGUUUUGUUGUUACUGCCUUUAAGCAGUGUUGAAUAUAAUGCAGUGAAGUUGCAUCAAUUCUUUUAGUUCUGUCUGCUUUACCAGUUAAAGUACUAAGAUUACCUUUAAGUUGUUGCAAUAAAGGUUUUAAGGUUACAUUUAAAGAUUGCAUUACCUAGUAGUUAUUCCAUGUUGAGCUAAACCACCAGCGUUGGGCUGUAAAAUGAGUCUGCAGCAGAUAACCUCACUCAAACACCAAUGCCUCAGUUGUACUGUGUAAAUGGUAAGAUUCAACUUCUCCAGCUGCCUGUGACUCCCAUACAAACAUUGAUAGACCAAGUCCAAAAUCAGGGAAAUGCUGUGUCCCCACCUUACCCAAUAACCUUUCUGUGUGUGUGUGUGUAUGUAUAUGCUAAUUGGAUUGGUCCCCAUGAAGUAUACGGUCCUCAUGAGUGCUGGUGUUUUGUCAUUGUGGGAGGUGCUAUGUAAAUUAGGUCCCCAAAUUGAACGAUAUAUUGGUGUCCCCACAUAUGCUGAUUAUGUCAGGUCAGGUUGCAUUGUUGUGAGUGUAUACACAAUUCAAGGUGAUGGGCUGAUUUGAUAUUUUUUUACUAACAUCCCUGAUUUUUUUGAAGUCUGUAGCAUGAUGGGAAAGGGUGGUUCCCAG